AUGCAAAUCCACGACGCCCACUCGCCCGCCGAGCCCUUGGACUUCCUCCAGGCCUGGGGAGCCGUCCACUCCACCGUCAAGGUCCACCACCUGGACACGCCCGCGCCUGGCCAGCCCACGCCGGCACUACUCUCUGCCGUCCCGCGGUCUCCCGCCGUGCGAGAUGAGGCCAUCCAGGCGCUCCUGGGCGCCGGCGUGUGCAUCUCCCUGACGGACGGCGGCGCCUGCAAGGCCACCGCGGUGGACGAGACUGCACGAUGCAAUCGGAGGCCGCCUGCGCGCCGCAUCGCCCUCCGCGGGGACCGCGUCUUCAAGUUCGAGCCGCCCGGCCCUCAGCUACAGCCGUUCAACUUCGCGAGCUCCUCUCGCAAUGGCAUGGCCGGCCUACUCAAGAGGGUGCGUCACGGCCUGGACGUGGACGGGCCCAACACGGCUGACCUGGGCUGCAAGAAGCGUCGUCUGAGGAUCGAGCUCAUCACGAGCCGGCUGUCCCACGCGUACUCGCAGCCCGCGACGCACAUCCUCAACCGCGAGGGCCAGAAGUCGGGCGACAAGCGGUUCCUCAAGAUGGCCACCUCGUCAGUGGCGCCCGUCGCGCGGAGGCUCGCCCACCUGAGAGCGACGUCGUACAUACGGUACUCGACCAUGAACCGCCUGAGGCAGAGGCUCGGUAUACCAUGGCCGAUGAAGACACCGGUGACGGUCCCGGAUCCCGCACAACCGCAGGCAGCCUCGGGGACGCAAAAGGAUGCCGACAAGGAUACCAAGGAGGUACCUACGAGUUUGUUCGAGCUCAAGUCCAAGACGCAGUGGCGGCCUCCGUCGCUGCUCACUGCUUCGCGCGGGCAGUUUGUCCCGCUCGACGUAAAAGCUGCAAAUCAUAAGCCAGCCUUGGCCUCAUCAGCUGCUACAUCGUCACGGACCCCAUCUGCUCCAUCAUCUCAGGCUCCCGCGUCAAUAGCUUCCCGACCCCCUUCAUCCUUAUUGUCUCGGCUACCGUUGGCCUUGCCGCCUCGGCCUCCAUCGGCUUUGCAGAACCGGCCCACAAACGCCUUGUCCCAUUCGGAUUCCUCACCUUCCCAAAACAACAAGAUCCUCUCGUCAAAUCCCGUGUCGUCUCUGGCCCAUGCGCCUGAUGCAGGGGCGGCAAAGGGCAAGUCGUCUUCCGGGCCUGCUCGCCCAAUCUCCUCGCCCGAGCGACCUCCCACGAGCUCCUUCUACGACAACCUGGAAGAGGAUAGCUUCGCGUCGCGCCACCUGAUCGACGACGACUUCAACGAUGCCGUGGACGAUCCGGAUGAGGUGUACUCGGACUUUAGUGUAAUAUUUAGUACUGACAAGAAAAAGAAGGGCAAGAAGAAGAGGGAAGACGGCGAGGGGAGCGGUUCGGAUGAUGAGGACGGGUCAUACGAGGAGUUUCUUGAUGAGCUCGACGGCAUCUCGUGGGUGGCCUUCUAG